AUGUUCACUGGACGCGCCCUCACCGGCUCAACAGUCCUUCACCUUCGACAAACGCCAAAUUUGUCCUCCGAGUGUUGUAGGAGUGCAUUUGCUCUCUCCGAGUGUUGUAGGAGUGCAUUUGCUCUCUCCGAGUGUUGUAGGAGUGCAUUUGCUCUCUCCGAGUGUUGUAGGAGUGCAUUUGCUCUCUCCGAGUGUUGUAGGAGUGCAUUUGCUCUCUCCGAGUGUUGUAGGAGUGCAUUUGCUCUCUCCGAGUGUUGUAGGAGUGCAUUUGCUCUCUCCGAGUGUUGUAGGAGUGCAUUUGCUCUCUCCGAGUGUUGUAGGAGUGCAUUUGCUCUCUCCGAGUGUUGUAGGAGUGCAUUUGCUCUCUCCGAGUGUUGUAGGAGUGCAUUUGCUCUCUCCGAGUGUUGUAGGAGUGCAUUUGCUCUCUCCAAGUGUUGUAGGAGUGCAUUUGCUCUCUCCGAUGUGACGUUGUGA